AUGGCUGUACUCUACCAACUUGCUGGGCUCUUCUUCUUACUGCUCGUCGCAUAUGAGCUAUUCGCCAUCGCAUCGGUUUUGUUUGCGAUUUUUAAAGGCAAAUUCUGCCAACAAAAAAGCCCGAUCUACAUCAUCGCCGCCUCCAACCUCCUCGCCGACUUUGGCAUGCUCACACUGCAUUUAGUAUAUUUUGUGCCGAGCUUAUUAUUCGAGUCAUACAUAUUCCCAAAAGGCAUCAACGACAAUCUUACCAUAUUUAUCUCCUCACUCUUCAUGUUUUUCUGGUAUCAACUGUCGUUUAGCCAGAUUUUGAUGGCCGUGAAUAGAUUGGUUGUGAUGUGUUUUAGCAACGUGAAUGUAUUCACAAGAAGAAAUACCUUGAUAUUUGCCAUCUCGACGUACAGUAUCGCCGCUGUCUUAGCCAUACUUUCUCAAUAUGUUUUACCAUGUUGCAGAUUCUCCUUCGAUUACUUCGUUUUUUCGUAUCGUUACAUUACGAUAGACGGGCUGAUGAAUUAUCCGAACACCUUUAUCGAUAUGCCGUUGAACGCAUUGAGCACGACAGUUUGUGGCUGUUGCUAUUUUUCGAUUGUUCUCUGGAUCUUCUCGAUCAACGCUAAAAAGGGCCAAGGUGCCGCGCACUCACACGAGACAAAACUUGAAAUUAAGUAUGCCAAACAAUUCUUCAUCAUCACCAUUUUCUACAUGAACGCGUGGACCAGUUUUCGGUAUCUACCCGUGCUAAUUGGCGGAUCGAAUCUUUAUCUGUACUCUUUUUGCUCGCUAAAUGCCAUGUUGAGCUUUGGCGCCAACGGGCUUGUCUACUAUCACACAAAUUCUGAGAUUAAAAAAGCGCUGAAUAAACGCGUCUCGACCACCGCAGAUUCGAGUAGCGGCAAGGGCGAGUCUCAGAAGCGGAAUUCGAACGUGACCCGGGAUUCAGAUCUUCCUAGGGCUAAUCAAACUAACCUUCUCAUUGUUCAAAAUAUACAGGUAUCCGACCCCGAAUCCCAUAAAAUCGUCAAAUAUCAAAAAAUGUUCUGCCCACGUGAUGGACCUUGUAACUUGGUCCGCCCGUUUGUUAACUUUAUAAGUCGACAAAUGGAUAAAAAGUGGAUAAAUUAUGUUUUGGUUCGAGACCCGCUAGAGCGAUUCAUCUCGGGUUUUGUGCACAAAUGCUUGAGGAGUUCCGCGCGAGGCCAAAAUUGCUAUCAAUGUGAUGACAAUAUCACCUGUCUAAUGGAAAAUCAGUACAAAAGCCUCAAAAAGAUCUCUGACACCGGCAUCGUGCCCUACCUACAUACGGUGGAGGACUCCCACUUUGCGCCGCAAAAUUGGAAUUGCGAGCUCCAAGCUCACUACGACGAUUACAAGAUCUUCAAAUAUUCACAUGAAAAUAUUGGAGCAAUCUUGGAGUCGGUUUUCGAAGAUUUUGCGAAUGCCAGCGUGCCAGUAGAUGUGAUAAAUGAUAUAAGGCAGCAAAUUACUGGAAAGAAGUCCUACCAUGCUACCUACGAUUCUGAAGACGUCGUAAAGUACCGGAAAAUGGUCCAAGAAACUCCGUACCUGCGUGAAUUGCUUGUGAAAAUGUUUUAUCACGAUUAUGUGCUUUUUGAUUAUCCUUUGCCGGAGUUGUUUAUUGUCUUGACAAGUCCGGCACUCGGCGGUGGUCAUCAUGAUCUGCCGAACCCCGAGCCGCACGUCCCGCAACCUCUGCGCCACGUUGAAAAGGACUUCUUUGGCCGGCCGCAGGCACCCCGAAUCACAAAGGACUCGCACGACCACACUGGCGACGAUUAUGCUUCGUAUGUCGGGGCCGGUGUCUUCGUCUUGUUAACCGUUGGGGCAAUUGCACUUUACACCGAUGUCUUUGGCAUGAACAUCAAGGAGGGAUUCUUGCACGCCCACCACCGGCCAUUCACUCCUGCUAAGGAAACCAAGAGCAAGCCUCCGCCAACCGAACCCGAGAGCAAGCCUCAGCCUGCCGCUCCCCAGGUGAAGGAAGAGCAGCCCGAACUCGCCGCCGCCAAGGUUUCCGCCAAGGAGGCCCCAGUUGUCCCCCUUUCCAAGAAGGCAGACGCCGUCAAGCAGGGUCACGACAAGGAAUCGACCACCACACCGAUUGCCUCUUCCUCCGGCGAGCCCUCGAUCGUCGAGAAGAUUGCCGAUGCUGCCAAAGAAGAGGUGCGACACGUGAAGGAACUGGCUAGCGAGGCUGUUGCCUCUGUCGAGGCCGCCGUCGAAAAGGCUGCCCAUAAGGUGGACGAGGCGCUGACCCUCAAGUCGGAGGAGCUUCCCGACUACAUCCCCUAUCUACUCGUCGGUUCCGGUGCGGCAGCUUACUACGCUUCGUUGACGAUACGAGCGCGCGAUGCCGAAGCGAAAGUACUAAUGAUUGGCAGCGAACCGGAAUUACCCUACAACAAGCCGCCACUAUCAAAGGAGCUUUGGUGGUAUUCCGACGAAAAUGCACGCCAAACCCUCACCUACAAGGGCCUCAGCGGCAAGAUGCGCGAUAUUUAUUUUGAAUCGAAGGGUUUCUAUGUUCCGGUCAACGAAAUAGUCAAAGCGAAACACGGUGGUGUGUCACUAUUGAAGGGUGUAACGGUAGCCAAAAUCUGCCCAAAAGAAAAGAAAGUAGUUUUGGAAGACGGGCGAAGCAUUCGAUUCGGAAAGUGCCUACUAGCAACUGGUGGCCAGCCGAAGAGGCUGCCCGUUUUCGAGCCGGUCGAGAAGAGUGACAGCGUUAUGUAUUUGAAGGAUGUGGCCGAUUACCGGCGGAUAGACGAAGCGUGCGAGCGGGGCGGCACAGUUUCUGUGGUGGGCGGCGGCUUCCUCGGGUCCGAACUCGCCUACUCCAUCAAACGCCGCUACCCUAAAACUCGGGUUGUUCAGAUCAUCCAAGAAAGCGGCCCACUAUCCGGCGUGCUGCCGAAUUACUUGUCUGCUCACACACGCGGGGGCCUCGAACGAUCCGGCGUCGAGGUGCACACCGAUUCAUCGAUCAUUGCCGCAACGAAAAAAUCUGGAGAAAAGCUAACCCUAUCGCUGAACGAUGGCCGCACCAUCUCGACCGAUUACGUCGUUGUCGCCGUUGGUAGCGAGCCGAACGUGAUUCUGGCUUCAAAUGACGUGCAUGUCGACGAGUCGUUGGGCGGCUUCCUCGCCGAUGCUCAACUUCGGGUUGCCCCAGGGAUUUGGUGUGCUGGCGAUUCUUGCGCCUAUGAUGCUGGAGUACUGGGGAGACGGAGGAUAGAGCACUGGGAAAAUGCGCAAAUAACCGGGCGGCUGGCCGGCGAGAAUAUGACCGACGGGAAUCGCGAUUUUUGGUUCCAAUCGUCCUAUUUCACCAAGGUUGGCCCCGAGAUGCACAUCAACGCCGUCGGGGACACCGACUCGAAGCUGAACACUGUUUCCAUCUUUGCUGAUCAGGAAGUAGGCUUCCCCAACAAAUACCACAAGGGCGUCGUCUUUUAUGAAAAUGGUGGAAAGAUCGUCGGAUGUCUGCUGGUCAACGUUUUCGGCGCGGGCCUGGAUAUUGCGAGACGAAUGAUUGACGAGAAACGAUCGGUUGCUGACGCCAAAGAACUAUCCAAAUUGUUCGCCCUCUGGGAACAAGAAACCAGCGAAGAGGUCAAGACCGAGGUCAAGAAA